AUGCAGAUGGAGAUCUCGGGGCAAGAUCAGGAUGGCUACGAUGCAGAACCUAAUUUCUUUCACGGAAUGCAUCAACUUUCCCAAAUUUCCCAGCCACGACCUCAACAGCGCCCUGGGCGCCUCAAAAGAUUCAGGCUUGCUAUGACGAGUAGGCCUCAAUCAGAUCCUACACCUGCACCUGCACCACCCACGACCUCACCACCAGUCGCUGUCACCACCACCUUCAAAACCCGCCUACGACACUCGUUCACCCGGCAUGCAUUGUCGCCUAUUGUCGAUGUUCCAUUCGCGAAGGCCAAAGAGCGUAAUGUUGCUGCGGGUGCUCCUGGCAAGGACCCAGACAUCGUACCUGACGAAUAUCUCGACGCCGUUGAACCAGACCCUGAUAUGCAACAGCAACAGCAACCACUCCAGCAAGCAGUAGCAGUACAUACGGACCCUGGCGAACAUGGAGCCAAGAAGUCUUAUAUCUGCUGCUAG